AGCAAGAUUUAGAUUUUGGAGGGGCAAGUUUGGAAAGGUAAUCCAGCUCCAUCAACCCUACCCAUCAACCAAACUUCAAAAAGGCAAGACCUUUGAGAGAACCAAAGAAUUUAAGAACGAGCAAAAAGUGGAGAGAGCAUUGGAUGGAUGGAUUGAAUUUGAAGGCCACUACUUUCCCAAAAUUUCUGCCAAUUCAAUUCAACAAAAGGGAACUACAAUUAUUUGAAUUGCUUCUAAAGGAACAUAGGAUCAGAGAUCAAUCGGUUAAUCAAUCAAAUCAAACAAUCCAACAAUCAAUUAAAUAAUCAAUCAAUCAUGUCGUGCUCUUCGUCGUCGGCGUCUGAAGAAGAUGAAGACAUGGAUUGCUACAGGAAAGGAGGAUACCACGCGGUGAGAGUAGGUGAUUCAUUCGCCGGAGGUCGGUUCAUCGCUCAACGGAAGCUCGGCUGGGGCCAGUUCUCCACCGUUUGGCUUGCUUACGAUACCCAAACAUCAAAAUUCGUUGCACUGAAGCUCCAAAAAAGCGCACCAGAAUUCGUGCAAGCAGCUGUCCACGAAAUCGAGGUUCUUUCCACCAUAACUGAAAACGAUCCCCAAAACGAAAAAUGCGUUGUUCAAUUAGUGGAUCACUUCAAACACAGAGGCCCAAACGGACAACAUCUAUGCAUGGUUCUUGAGUUUCUUGGCGACAGCAUACUCCACCUCAUUCGUUACAAUCGUUACAAAGGCCUCAACUUGAAUAUUGUAAAAGAAAUCUGCAAAUGCAUACUAACAGGACUCGAUUAUCUACACAGAGAGCUUCGUAUCCUACACACAGACCUAAAACCCGAAAACAUCCUUCUCUUAUCCACUGUAAAUCCCUCAAAAGACCCAAUCAGAUCAAAAGCCACCCCGAUUCUUGAACGCCCUGAAGGAAGUUUGACCGGUGGGGCGGCGGUCAACGCGAUUGAGAAGAAGCUGAAACAGCGGGCAAGAAGAGCAGUGGCGAAAAUUGCAGCAGAAAGGCGUGGGGCGAUUGGGGCAACGCCAGCUGUCAAACCUGAAAGAUGCCUUGAUGGGAUUGAUUUCAGGUGUAAGAUUGUGGAUUUGGGAAACGCGUGUUGGGCUGAUAAACCGAUUGCUGAAGAAAUUCAAACAAGACAAUAUCGAGCUCCUGAAGUUAUAUUACAAUCCGGUUAUUCGUAUCCUUCUGACAUGUGGUCGUUUGCUUGCACUGCUUUUGAGCUUGCUACUGGUGAAAUGAUGUUUGCCCCUAAGCCUGGACAAGGUUUUAGUGAAGAUGAGGACCAUCUUGCAUUAAUGAUGGAACUUCUAGGAAAGAUGCCGCGGAAGGUAUCGGUUUCAGGGACAAAAUCAAAAGACUAUUUUGACAGACAUGGUGAUUUGAAAAGGAUCCGAAGACUAAAACAUUCAUCAAUAAGUCGUUUACUGAUUGAGAAAUUUAAGUUUAAGGAAAAUGAUGCGCGUGAAUUUGCGGAGUUUUUGAAUCCGAUUCUUGAUUUUGCACCGGAGAAUCGGCCGACGGCGGAGCAGUGUUUGCAGCACCCUUGGCUCCGGCAAACUGCCACCAAGACGGAGGCCUGAAAAUGGUUGAGUUUGGGAGGAUGAAGGUGGGGGAGGAAAGAAGGGAUUGAAAGGUGUUUUUUGUUGCAGCUUAUUAUCCCUCUCCUUUCUCAUCUAUCUUUUGUUUACAUAUUUUGAUUUUUGAUUUUUUUUGUUUAAUAUUUUUUUAUAUUUUGUGAAUUGGAAUAAUACUUGAUUAUGUUUUGAUUUAACUAUAUAAUGUAAUAUAGAUGAUGAUGAUGAUAGUUACAGAAAUUUGAUUGCGGUUUGGGUUUGUUAACCCCUACCGCCGAUUUAAAUCGA